GGACAGUUGCUGUUAGAGUGCCGUUAGGAUAGGGCGGAUUUCAUGAAAAUACAUCGACGAAAGCCCAGUUUCCGUUCAAUGCAGUGUAGAUAAGACAAAGUGGUUAAAAUGAGUUUGGAAAAAAACGAUGAUUAUGAUGUGAAUGGGACGAAUGGGGUGAGAAACGGAUUGGAUUACUCGGCGAAAUCGAAGGAAAAUCCACUUGAUGCGACUUUCGUUCCGAAUACAGACGAGGACAAGGAAAAGGAAGAUAAGAAAGAUGAUGCGCCGCCAGUGUCCUUCCUAAAGCUUUAUGCGUAUGCAUCGACACGAGACAAAAUUUGUAUAGCGUUCGGUUUGGUGGGUGCCUGUGUAACCGGAUGUACGACACCAGUGAAUACGUUGAUUUUCGGUAAUCUUAUCGAGUCCAUGGUAUCGCAAGCGUCUAAUUUGGCACAGCGAUACUAUUCGAAUCGGCAACUUGACGAUGCAUUCACAGAAAUCUUUUUGGACCAAGUAACUUGGUUUGCAAUCUACAGUUGCAUUCUUGGGGUGGUUAUGUUGGCCGGAACUUACGUUUCGAUUAUGUUAUUCAAUUUUGCCGCUCACAGUCAGAUUUUCCGAAUCAGAGGAAAUUUCUUGCGUUCGGUUCUCAAUCAGGACAUUGCAUGGUAUGACGUAAAUCAAAGUGGAGAAUUUGCUAGCCGAAUGAAUGAAGAUCUUACAAAAUUGGAAGAUGGUCUGGGCGAAAAGGUGGUCAUGUUCGCUCACUUCAUGGUCGCCUUUAUUGGCUCGAUAAUAUUGGCUCUUGUGAGAGGCUGGCAAUUGGCUCUAGUUUGCAUGGCAUCACUUCCAGUCACAUUUAUCGUUGUCGGUAUUGUUGCUAUGAUCACCGGUAAAUUGGCGAAGAAAGAAAUGUCUGCGUACGCAAAGGCCGGUGCAGUAGCUGAAGAGGUAUUCGGUGCAAUUAGAACGGUUGUUGGAUUCGGUGGACAGGAAAAAGAGGGUGAACGUUAUGCCAAUAAUUUGAUUGAUGCUCGGAAAAUCAACAUCAAAAAGGGUUUCUUUGCUGGUCUUGGCUUCGGACUGUUGUGGUUUUUCAUUUAUGCCACCUACGCGUUAGCCUUCUGGUAUGGUGUAGGUCUAGUUAUCGAUCAUAGAUAUUUGCCACCCGAGGAAGCGGUAUAUGACGCUGGUACAAUGUUCACUGUUUUCUUUUCGGUCAUGAUGGGUGCCAUGAGUUUGGGAGCAUCAUCACCAUUCAUCGAGAGCUUCGGCAUUGCUAAAGGAGCAGCCGCCAAAGUUUUUCAAAUUAUUGAAACGAAGCCAAUCAUUGAUCCACUAGCUAACACCGGUGAGGUACCGCAAAAAUGUGACGGAAAUCUCACUUUGCGCAAUGUGUUCUUCAACUAUCCCGGUCGACCGGAUGUGAAGAUUUUGCAAGGUGUCAAUUUGUCGAUCAAUAAAGGCGAGACUGUCGCUCUGGUCGGAUCAUCCGGUUGUGGCAAAUCCACUUGCAUUCAACUGAUUCAACGGUUUUACGAUCCCGCUCAGGGAGAGGUUCUACUAGACAAUCGAAACAUGAGAGAUCUGAACGUGAGUUGGCUUCGUCAAAAAAUUGGUGUCGUUGGACAAGAGCCCGUACUGUUCGGCACGACUAUUUUAGAGAAUAUUCGCUAUGGACAUGAAAAUGCUACUGCGCAAGAAAUUGAAGAUGCUGCGAAGGCAGCCAAUGCUCAUAACUUCAUUCAAAGACUCCCCGAAGGCUAUCAUACAUUGGUCGGUGAGCGUGGAGCUCAGCUCUCUGGUGGUCAGAAGCAAAGAGUAGCGAUUGCAAGAGCUUUGGUUAGAAAUCCAGAUAUUUUAUUAUUGGACGAAGCUACAUCCGCAUUGGACACGGCUAGCGAAGCUAAAGUACAAGCAGCCUUGGAAACGGCCAGCAAAGGUCGAACCACUGUCAUUGUUGCGCAUCGUCUGUCGACUAUCCGAAAUGCGGACAAAAUUGUGGUGCUGAAAGAUGGUUUUGUGGUGGAAGAAGGCGCACAUGCUGAUCUGAUGAAAUUGGGAGGACACUAUCAUGCCCUGGUGACAGCCCAAAUGGGCAAUGUCGAACGAGAUGGGGAAAUGACCGAAAGUAAAUUUGUCGUUCAGGAUUAUGAUGAGGACGCAAAGGAAGCCGAUGUCAUCGCUCAAGAGGAUGAAACCUUGAAAUCGGCUGGUCCCUCGAUAUCGAUGUGGGAAGUGGUACAAUGGAAUAAGCAAGAAUGGCCAUAUAUUACCAUUGGUUCGGUGUGUUCGGUGCUGAUGGGUGCUGCUAUGCCACUGUUUGCAAUUCUUUUCGGUGAAAUUGUACAGGUUUUAUCGUUACCCGACUCAGAUCAAGUUCGCGAUGAGGCCAACAUGUACAGUUUGUAUUUCGUGCUGGUGGGAAUAUUGGUCGGUGGAGCGACAUUCUUCCAAAUCUGGACGUACGGCAUAGCUGGUGAGUACUUGACUGAAAGAGUCCGCGACAAGGCGUUCAAACACAUGCUGAAACAAGAAAUGGCCUGGUUCGACGACAAAACCAACGGAACGGGAACAUUGUGUGCCAGGCUGUCUACAGAUGCGUCUGCUGUGCAAGGGGCAACCGGUCAACGUAUAGGUACUGUUCUCUCGUCAGUUUCGACCUUAAUUCUUGGUAUCGGAAUUGCCAUGUACUACGAGUGGCGACUCGGCUUUGUGGCAUUGGCCUUUGCUCCCAUCAUUUUAGUUGCUUCCUACAUGGACAUUAAGCUAAUGGGUCAGCAAAAUUUGGGCAACGGAAAGGCGCUAGAAAAAUCCACUAAAAUUGCCGUCGAAGUCGUUAGUAAUAUUCGGACGGUGGUGUCGUUGGGUCGCGAAAAGAUGUUCUUCAACAUGUAUAUGGAUCUGUUGGAACCGUCGGUCAAAAGUGCCAAACGGAACACACACAUGCGUGGCCUAGUCUACGGCAUCGCUCGUUCGAUAUGGUUUUUCGCGUAUGCUGCUUGUAUGGUGUAUGGUGCUCAGUUGGUCGUCUGGGGGGAAAUCAAUAUCGCAACAGUUUUCGUUGUCACCCAGGCACUCAUCAUGGGCAGUGUGUCCAUAGCCAAUUCAUUAGCGUAUGCGCCGAAUUUCCAGAAAGGAAUGGUCGCCGCUGGUAAAGUGAAACAAUUGUUGGAACGGCAACCGAAGAUCCAAGAUCCUCAACCGAUCAUGGGUAGUAACAAGCAAUGGGACGUUUCGGGUGACGUUGCAUUCGACAAGACGCAAUUUUUCUAUCCAUCGCGUCCAUCGAGUCAAAUUUUGCAAGGGUUGAAUUUGGACGUUAGAGCCGGACAGACGGUGGCCUUGGUUGGGGCAUCUGGUUGCGGUAAAUCCACUUGCAUUCAGUUACUUCUGCGCUACUACGACGCUACUGACGGUUUCGUGUCGAUUGACCAAAAGGAUGUUACGUCGGUUCCGUUGAGUAGUCUGCGUUCGCAACUGGGCACCGUCUCACAAGAGCCGUCCCUGUUCGAUCGGACCAUCGCCGAAAAUGUUGCGUACGGUGAUAAUUCGCGUGAAAUUUCAAAAGAGGAAGUCAUCGACGCGGCAAAACAGGCCAACAUCCACAAUUUCGUUGUGUCGCUGCCUUUGGGCUACGACACUAGGCUGGGCAACAAAGGAACUCAACUCUCCGGCGGACAAAAACAACGAAUUGCAAUCGCUCGUGCUCUCAUUCGAAAACCGAAAAUUCUUCUACUGGACGAAGCUACUUCGGCUCUGGAUAUGGAAAGUGAAAAGGUCGUGCAAGCAGCACUGGAUGCCGCUUCCGAGGGUAGAACGUGUAUCACAAUUGCGCAUCGAUUGAGUACAAUCGUCGAUGCGGACAUCAUAUUCGUCAUCAAUAUGGGCAGAGUUGUUGAGAGGGGAACGCACAAAGAGCUAUUGAAUUUGCGAGGAUUCUAUCACAGUUUGUACACGUUACAGACUGGCGUUAAAUAGGCGCAACCAAUAGCGCCAUAUAUGUUGUUUCCGUAAACCUUUAUACCUCAACAUGAUAUACAAGUGAAAAUGUCGUCUUAAUUGUCUAAGAGAUUUUAGUUUUAAACUGGAAGCGUUGUUGCAUGUGAUUUGAAGAAGUGUGUACUUAAGGUUUCAGUUGUUUUCCAAUAAAUAUUGAAAUGA